GCUCCUGCGGGUCCCUGGGGUGCUGCUUCCUGGGACCCUCGGGUUAAUGGGACAGUCUACAAUUAAUGGCAUUUCUAUGGAAACGACGCAUCACGACACGCAGAGAGGCACGCGGGACGCUGAGUAUAAAACAGACGUGGAGGAGACGAGAGGAGACAGAAGGAACCUGAAGCUCCAGAGAGACACCGGACAACCGACUGACUGCUGCCCCGGAAACACAGCGCCAAACCCGGAUCAACCAGCUGAGACCUCCGCUGAUUAGACGAGACUUCCACACCCUCAACAGCAGUGAUCCAGAUCAAAGCAUCAAGAUGAAACAAAGAACGACUUCAUACAAGAUCAGUCCCGACUCUCUCCCCCGUCAGGUGAGCACCAACAGUCGGGAGCGUUGGCGCCAGCAGAACGUUAACGGAGCGUUCAGCGACCUGCGGAGCCUCAUCCCAACGCACCCCCCCGACAGGAAGCUCAGCAAGAACGAGAUCUUGCGCCUCGCCCUGCGCUACAUCGGCUUCCUGGAGCAGGUGGUGACGGAGCAGGACGGCGUCACCGUGGCAACCAGGGGCCGCUCGGGCAGCGUGGAUCAGGAGGAAGACGAGGAGGAGGAGGAGGAAGAAGGGUUGUCUCCGAACUCCAGCUGUGGAGACGGCCUGAUGGACGAGCAGGACUGUGGAGGACUUCUGCAGUUCCUCCAGCCAUGGAUGGAGUAAUGAAGGGUCUUAAUGGGCCGGGGGCUGAAAGUGUCUGGGGCCCCCGCUGCAAAAUGACACUCGAAGAAACGAGUGAUCGAGGAAGAGACUUGAAAUUACUGCAACAAGACAGAAAAUCUCUACUCCUGCCCAUGGACCUGGAGAGGUGAAACAAAGAUGAUGAAGUAUUCAUUAAAACAGUGGAGCAGUCCUUUAAAAACACAUUGUUGUAUCGGACUGAGAGUUCAUGUGAUAUUCACAUAGUGGAGUAUUCAUUCAUUAUUAGAUUCAUUAUUCAAAUGCUAGAUUGUGUUCUGUUAUAACGAGAUGCUGUGAUGUGUGUUAUUUCUGUCAGAGAAGAAGAAGCAGAAUAAUCAGUAACCAGAUUGAGUUUCUUUUAUUGUGAAGGAACUGUCGGUGCUUUUAUUGUUUUAACACUUUUGUAAAAUAUGUUAUUAUGUGUGCUGUUUGUUGAUUAUUUUCAUCUGUGAUGCAAAAUGUUUC